GAGAGAGGGGGAAAGAGAGUGAAGGAAAACAAGCAGAAAGAAGGGGGGGGGAGUGGAAGCCGAGGGCUGGAUGAGAAAAACAGGCCGUGUGAAUGGGCCAGGAGCGCGGGGAGCUGGAGAGAGGAGGAAGCUGCCGCCACCGCCGACGCUGCUACUCCCGCUCCUACUCCUCCUGCUCCUCCUCCUGCCGCUCACCUCCUGAGUCAAAGUGGCCUGCGGACUCCCACCAGCAUGCUCUCCCCCACCUCGGACGUGUCCGCAGCAGCGCGGGGUCCAGGACCCGGCUACGUACUCCGGCGGCCUCCUGCCGCGGCCAAUCCGCACUGCUACUGUCACCUCUGCGCCCGCGAUAGGCCCUCGGCCACGGCCCCUGCUGCCCUGGCGCCCGAGUUCCGCCCCGGGCCCCGCGUGAGGGCCUCGCCGGAGGAAGAGGAGGGAGUAGCCGUGCUGGAGGGGCCCCGUGCCAGACGGCCGUUCCCUUCACAGAGGAGGAGUAGGAGGGGGAGCGGGGAGGGAGGGCCGGAGAGGAACGGCGUCACCGGAGGCCACAUCCCACCCAAGAACACGUCGAGAAGAGUGGACUUUUACCUAGGGCCGGACCACUGCUCUGUGCUGGGGGACCACACGCCAGGCUUCCCGCGGGAGUGGGGCCCAUGCUACUCCCCGCCUCCGCGGUGGAACUGGCCGGCGGUGGAGCCGUGCCGGGAGCGCUGCGCCUGCCCGAGGGACGUCUGGCCAGAGUGGGAGAGGACACCUCUGCCCCCGCCACCGCUGCCGCCACUGCCACGGCCUCCAUGCUGCUACUCGCCCGAGAGACAACCCCCCAGCACCAGCCACGUGCCGCACCAGCCGUCAGCGGAGAUCAGGGCUCAUCCGAGGCACAGGGCGGUCGUCCACGGCGGCCUGGGGGAACCCUGCUGGGAGUGCCUACGAGACCACUACUGGAGGGACGCACACAGGCCUGACCUCAUAGCUGUGGAACCUGUGUGCGGGUACAACGGGCAGCACCAUCCAGCCCUCAGCCCUGUGCUCUCAUACGGCCGCGAGCACCAGAGACUCAGCAGGCAGACGAGCCCUGAGCACGGGAACUUUAACGGGCCCAUCCCGGGCCCAAGGACCUUCUUCGCCACCGAGGUUCCCCCGGCAAAGCUACGAGGGUCCUACCAGGAGGAACUCGCUUCCUGUCGGCUUAAGAGCGCGAGCAGGCCUCAGAGGAUAGAGCCCGAGCUAGACGGUCGUAAGGAGAAGAAGAUGGAGAAGGAGAGUAUAUCUGGAGCGGUGGGUCAACACCAGAGUCAGGGGAAUGUGCGGGAGCAGAUCCGGAGGGUGGUGGGCGACCUGGAGGAGGUGCUAGGAGGCCUGAAGCAGGUUCACCUGGAGAUGAAGGAGGUUGUGCAGCAAAUUGACGUCUUGACCUCUAGCAUUGACAUCGACGAAGACGAGCCAGGCAGGCGGACUUCCCAUGAGCCUGUGCUUCAGCAGCAUACUGUCUAUCACGAGGUGAAGGCCCUCGUCCACAGGCCGGCAGGCGCUCACAGCUCACAGGAGCAGAAACAGCAGCAGCACCCGCUGGGCACCAACGGCCACCACACACCUACUACCCCCACCCCCACCUCCAAGCCCUCCACCUGCCACCCUUCUGUCACACGGCGAGGGCACACCACUGCUGGCGACCUGCCCCGGGCCGCGGCCCUGAUCCCGGGCCACGAGGCCGCCAAGGACCAGAGUAAAAUGAACGGCAGCUGCUUGGCCCCUCGCCCGCCCCGGGACCGGGUCAAAGACGCCCAGAGGCGGCGGAUAGAGUUGUCGUCUCCGUCCAGCUCGCUGAUUGCCAACGGCGCCGCCACCACCUCUGUCAAGGGCCACAAGUCUCCACCCUACCCCAACCACAAUGGGCGGGUGGAGACCCUCCACGAGGACUCGGAUGUGUCCAUGGGCGCCCUGCGGACUACUGCCCAUGCAGGGAAGGGCAGGCAGCUCUCCACGGCCAUGUGAGGUGGAGGUGGAGUUGGGGGGUCUGUGCAAGGAAUGCUCCGGAGAUGGAGUCUCCCACCUGGUUGCCAUAAACACGACUAUGCGGCUUACUUGGAGAGGAACGGCCCAGCCGGCCACGUGUCUGGGCUACUCAGGGUAUUGAAGCCAAAGAGGGGGAGAGAGUGGGAGACGUGAAGAGAGACGGGCUGGGGGAGUGCUGAGUGCUGGAGGAGGCACGCAGCCUGAAGGGGGAGGCAUUUCCAAAGGAAUGGAACACUCCGGAACAUCCUGCAAUGCACUGGCAGACUCCAACUCUCCCCAGUGUUCAUUCAGUCAAGCUCAACUACAACUCCUCAAGGGGACACUUACUGAGCACAGGCGCUUGUCCUGUGUGUGUGUGUGUGUGUGUGUGUGUGUGUGUGUGUGUGUGUGUGUGUGUGUGUGUGUGUUCUUUGUACGUUUCUGUGCCAUGCUGUGUGUGUGUGUGUGUGUGUGUGUGUGUGUUUCAGAGAGUUGUGUAUGUCUGUGAUACAUGCAUAUGUGUGUGUGUAUGUGUGUGUCCACACACAUUUCUAGUUACCUCAGACUGAGGAUGGACAUGCAAAUAUUACCAAAGAAACAUCUGAGAACUCUCUGAGUUUCAGGAUUUGAAAAAGAAAACAAAUCCUCUCUUAGGGACAAAGUAAUCCUGUAUUGAUGAAAAAGUGUCUGUAUUUUUGCUGCUCUGAUAUUUUCAAAUAAGCUCUGCUAUGCUUGGCCAGUGACCUCCUGGCUAAUGUCACCUUAUCUGGUGUGAGCACACGCCUCAAACUUCACUCUUCUGAGGGGAUAUAUAAACUGUGAGGAAUGGCGAUAAUCUCUCCACUUUUGGAUUGGUGUUUUCAUACAAAAGCUAUUACACAAAUAAUGUGUUGGAACUGUAGCCAAAGCACUUAAUCCUGAGAUAAAAGAGUUGUAACUGGUC